CACGGUCAAAUCAGCUCUAACAGUUCAAACAGGAGGAGUUGAGCAGGAGAACGUGAGAGGAACCUUAGCAGAGCUGAGAGAAGCUUUAGAGCAGUGCAGACUGUAGACCUCGUACACUUUUCUAACCUCCUCUUCUACUUCAGGCGCAUCUCCUGUCAGGAUGUGCACAGGAAAGUGUGCGCGCUUCAUCGCCGGAGCGUUGUAUCCUCUGGCCUUCAUCUCUGUCCUCUGCAACAUCAUCCUGUUCUUCCCCGGAUGGUCAGUUAAAUACGCAAAGGAUGGAAAUCUCACCGAAGAAGUGAAGUACAUGGGGGGUUUGAUCGGAGGAGGACUGAUGGUUUUAGCUCCCGCCCUCUUUAUUCAUCUGACUGGAAGUCAGGGAUGCUGUGGAAACCGCUGUGGGAUGUUCCUCUCCAUCGCCUUUGCAGCACUCGGUGUCGCUGGCGCCCUCUACAGUUUUGUAGUGGCCAUGUUAGGGCUGGUGAACGGACCCUACUGCAAAGUACUCCUGAUCUGGAGCACACCUUUUAAGGACAGGUCUGAAAGUUAUCUGAAUCACCGGAACUGGUGGUCGACGUGCACAGAGCCGGAGAACGUGGUGGAGUUCAAUGUAGGUUUGUUUUCGACGCUGCUGGUGACGAGCGGUGUGCAGCUCAUCCUGUGUGCCUCUCAGAUGAUCAACGGCCUUUUCGGCUGCCUCUGCGGAACUUGCAACCAAAAAGGGCCUCUGUAGAUCUGCACUGUACACUGUGCCUGCUGUACACAGCGCGGUAAAGCAGCAGCCUCUGGUGGACACUUCCUGAUACUGCAAGCAGGCCAACACCAUGUUAUAGGAAGCAGUUGCCUAAAUUUACUAAUAAUCUCAAAAUUAUUGCUAAUGUUUUAUUAUUGUGGGAGCAAACUCAAUGAGUCUGAUAUGAAUAAUGUAAUAAGACUCCCCUCAGCCUUGUGCCUUGCUUUGCGCUCUAACUGAUAUCUAAAUGACACUGUACCUUUAUAACUACAGUGACUCAUCUGCUUCAUUUUGUAUUAUUUUACAGUUUAGUUAUCCUAAAGUUAACAGUAGCAGCUAUUUUUUCACAGAUGAUUAUUGACAGAUCUGGUUCUGUUAUGGAUUGUGUUGGAUUUGUUUUGACUUUCAUGUUUGUGCACAUUGGUGCAGAGAAAUAACACAAUUCUUACCCGUUCACACACAUUUUAUCAUGAUUUUAAUGUGUUGUAGUAAAUUGCAUAUUUUUUCACAUAUACUGAAUUGACUGUAUGAUGUUGCUUAUAAAAUAAUGUAUAACCUUUAUGAAUAUAUAUUCUGUUAAAACAUGUA